AUGUUACUUCCUCUAGUGGCAGCCGUCCUGCUCGCCGCCGCCGCCGGCAUCACCUUUAACCCCGUGGCCGUGGGGCUCUUCGGCGGCUCGCCUCCGCCGCCGACGGCGGUCGUGAAGCUGGCGUACCUUCUCUGCUUCGCCACGUCGUGGGGCGCCACCGUAUGGGCCGUCUUCAUCAGCGGCGUCAUCAUGUUCUUGAACUUGCCGAGGCACAUAAUGGGCAGCCUGCGGGGGAAGGUGUUCCCGGCGUGCUUCGCGCUGACCGCGGCGUGCACGGCAGCCUCCGCGGCGGCGUUCGCGUGGCUCCACCUCCCGUGGCAGGCAGCAGCUUCCGCCGCCGAGCGGCGGCAGCUCGUGGUCCUCGUCGCCGCCGCCGGGCUCGACCUCACCAACCUGCUCGUUUUCACCCCCAAGACCCUCGAGGUGGUGCGGGUGAGGCACAAGGUGGAGAGGGGCCUCGGCAUCGGCGGCGUCGGCUCCUUCCACGGCAUGCGGCUUAACACACGGGCGGCGGCGACCUGCGCCGCCCUCGUCGAGGCCAACGGGAGGUUCCGGGCGGCCCACGCCCUCUCGGUGCUAGCCACCGUCGCGUCGGCCGCCGGGCUCGCCGCGCACUCGUGCUACCUCGCCGGCAAGCUUGCGCUGUGA